GCUGAGCGUUUCAGUACUGUGAUACCAUAAUAGAACGUUAGACGUGUCGUCGGAGAGCUCUUAACCCUCCGCAGUGUUGGCCAAGUCAAGUCAAAUAAAGUGAAGAACGUUCGUUUGUCGAGUGCUAAUUAAACAAAGGCCAAGUCUAGCAUAAACAUAAACUGUAAACAAGCUAAAGAAUUUAAAGUAUUCAGGACUUAGCUUAUAUAUUAUAUAUGUGUGACAAUACCAAGUGAUUUGUUCAACAACUACAAUUACAACAACUACAAUCAUUUAUUUAAUAAUUACCAACUACAAACUGUCGUUAUCAAAAUUGAAACGAAACUAUUCAACAUGAAACUAAGACUUUUACGCUGUUUGCGCAGUUCCAAGCCAUCAACAAUGUCGAACAAGCAGGAGCAGCUGCAGUCCCAUCACGAUCAUCAAAUGAUCAAGGAUCUGCAGUCGAAUUUCAAGGAUACAGUCGUCAAAAUCCUGCUCCUGGGCACUGCCGAAUCGGGCAAAACGACAAUUAUUAAACAGAUGCGUAUACUACAUAUCAAUGGAUUUACCGAUGAUGAGCGACGUGAGAAGAUACCGGAGAUCUAUCAGAACAUCCAUGAUUCCAUCAUUCAGCUGGUGCUCCAGAUGGAACCAUUGGGAUUGCGCUUUGGCAGCCUCACCACUGAGCGCAGUGCCAACUUCAUCCUGUCCCUGCCCGCCGUUGCUCCAGAGUACUUUAAUGAGGAGUACUGUGAUCAUGUCAUGACACUGUGGAACGAUGUAGGCAUACGCGCCUGUUAUGAUCGCUCGAAUGAAUUUCCACUGCUGGACAGCGCCAAAUAUUUUCUCGAUAAUUUUGCGAGAAUAUGUGAGGUGGAUUAUAUACCCAGCACUGAAGACAUUCUGCACAGCAGAAAGGUAACCACCGGCAUCUCGAAAAUCACCUUCCGUGUGCCCAUACCCAAGAGUCUGGGUGGUGGCGAACAGGAGUUCCGCAUGUACGAUGUGGGCGGUCAGAGGGAUGAGCGCAACAAGUGGAUCCAGGUCUUUGAGGGCAUUCAGGCGGUGCUGUUUCUCAUUUCAUGCAGCGAAUUCGAUCAGAAUCUACGCGAAGAUGCCAGUCAGAAUAGAUUACAGGAGGCCCUCAAUCUAUUCCGCGCCGUUUGGCAGAAUCGCUUCCUUGCCUCCGCCGGACUAAUUGUAUUCCUCAACAAGUAUGAUAUUAUGGAGCGUAAAAUACGCGCCGGCAAGCAUAUUGUCGACUAUUUUCCGGAGUUCGAGGACUUCAGCAAGCGGCCACAGCAGCAACAAAGCUGUUUCGAUGAGUGCGAUUGGACCAAGAUGUUUAUCAAGCAGAAAAUGGUUGAUAUUACCCAGGAGCAAUUCAAACGCAAUUCCCGCAAUCAAUGCGACUAUAGCAUCUCGGAAAGAGAAUGUUAUUAUCAUUUUACCGUCGCCACCGACACGAGAUGCAUUCGCGAUGUUUUUAGCGAUGUUCAACAAAUGAUUUUAUCCGAAAACAUGAAUAUGGCUGGCUCAUCACUCUUCUAGACAGUUAUUGUCUUCUCAGAAAAAAAAUUUUCCUUUACCAACUGUGAUUUUGUAUACAUUAAAUUACUAUGUAAGCGAAAUUAGUUGUAAAUUUUUAGAUUCUAAUUUUAUGCAUAAAAAACAACUUAAAUAUAUAUAAAUAUAUUAAGAAAAUAUAAGAACACCCCACCAAUCAGAAAAA